AAAACUUUUGCAGAAGGUAGUGGUUUGUCUGCUGCAGAGUUUGUGUCGAUUACGGGUAUCUAGCAUUAGUCUAUGAAAUACACACAAGGAAUAAUAUGUCAUGGUUCAUUUCACUGAGGAGUUUUUUAGUGUUUUAUGUAUAAAAUGAACAACAACGACGUAAAGAAUCCCGAAGAGCCGAAACGUGCAGUGGCUUUACUGUUCAUAAUACUCUGCUUUGGAGUUGGAGACCUGGAGUCGGCGGCCUGCCAUGGCUGUGCACCAGGAGCGAUAUGUGAUUGUAGCGCCUUGAAAGGAGUCAAGGGUGAAAUGGGCUUUCCAGGGCUUGAGGGUCAGCCAGGGAUGGCGGGAUUCCCAGGCCCAGAGGGACACAUGGGACCAAGAGGAGAAAAAGGCAGUGAUGGGUCCACUGGGCCAGCUGGGCCGAAGGGGACUAGGGGUCCGCCAGGAUUGCCUGGAUUCCCAGGAACACCAGGAAUCCCGGGUCUGCCAGGACAGGAUGGUCCGCUGGGCCCCAGGGGAACUCCAGGGUGCAAUGGAACGAAGGGAGAACGUGGAUUUCCCGGAAACCCUGGUCAUCCAGGCCUGCAGGGGUACUUGGGUCCACCUGGUAUACCUGGAUUCAAGGGCGACUCUGCCGAGAUCUUUGGCGCCAACACCUUGGGGGACAUGGGGGAGCCAGGAUUUGUGGGCCUUCCUGGCAUUCCUGGAACUGAAGGACAUCCGGGAUUGGUUGGCACGAUUGGCCCCCCUGGUCCAAAAGGCUUUGUGGGGCUUCCGGGACCCCCUGGUCCUCCAGGGCCAAAGGGUAAUAUGGGCUUAAACUUCCAAGGAUCUAAAGGGGAUAAGGGUGAACAGGGCACCCCGGGGCAGCCAGGGCCUCCAGGCACCAUCAGAGAACAGAAGCGGCCAGGCAGGUCUGAGAUCCAGAAAGGAGACAAGGGGAGUCAGGGAUCACCUGGCCCAGCUGGACAGCCUGGUCUGCCUGGACCUGCUGGUCCACCUGGUGGUCCGAAAGGCAUGAAGGGGGAGCCUGGAGAAGCAGGGAAAAGGGGGAAGCCGGGCAAGGAUGGCGACAAUGGACAGGCGGGAUUUCCGGGUCAAAAAGGAGAGCCUGGGCUUCCCGGAUUUCCGGGCAGGGAAGGGAAUUGGGGUGAAAAAGGUGACCAUGGCUUCCCAGGUCUUCCGGGUCCAGUGCUGUAUGACAUGGAGCAUAAUGCCAAAGGACUGAAAGGAGAGCCUGGUUACCCUGGGUCUCGGGGACUAAAAGGAGAGCCUGGUCUGCAGGGUGUGCCUGGGCCUCCUGGACAACCUGGGGCACCAGGUCUUCGAUCCCAAGGUCCACUCGGUUCACCUGGUCUGCCUGGAGAAGUGGGACAGAAAGGAGAAGAUGGACCGCCAGGAUUGCCUCUGCCUGGAUCCCCAGGGAUACGGGGACCUCCUGGGGGCACAGGACCCCCAGGUCUGCCGGGACCCCCAGGAAUAGCAAACUGCAUUGGCGAGAUACAGCAGAAAGGAAGCAUAGGGUUUCCGGGAAUAAAAGGAGGGAAGGGUGAAAAGGGCAACACCUGUGUCAGCUGUAUCUCUAAUAAUUGGCAUAUUGUGGGACCUCAAGGGCCAGUUGGACCUCCAGGGACUCCAGGUAUUCCAGGACACCCUGGGGUAAAAGGUGAUCAAGGAUUUCCAGGAAGCCCUGGAUUGGCUGGGCUACCAGGUUUUCCUGGGUCCCAGGGAGCUCCAGGUCUCACUGGGCAGAAGGGGCAGCCAGGAGACACUGUCCCUCUGGAUGGAUUGAAAGGAGAGAAAGGGGACACUGGCUUCCCGGGUCCAGCUGGUUUGCCUGGUCUGAAUGGACAGCCGGGCCAAAAUGGGUUCCCUGGACAACCUGGGCUCCAUGGUUUACCUGGUUCUACUUUUGGUAAAGGGGACCGUGGCCUACCAGGGGAACCUGGAAAUCCUGGCCCCCCUGGAGAUGGCGGACCUCCCGGUGCACCCGGAUUUGGUCCCCCGGGGCCACCUGGAGAGAAAGGUAUCCAGGGUAUGUCAGGGAGAACAGGCUCACAAGGUGUUCCAGGUCUGAAAGGGGAGCCUGGAGAGACGCAGAAGGUGAAAGGCCAACCUGGUCCUUCAGGGCCCCCUGGGAAGGAUGGCCUCGUGGGACCCCCAGGUAGUUCAGGUGGGCCCGGGAGGCCAGGCUUCCCAGGGCUACCUGGUGCGAAGGGGGACCGAGGUCCUCUUGGCAUUGGUUCUCCAGGUGCUGCAGGGGUCAAAGGGAUUCCUGGAAUAACAGGCAUUCCUGGCAGCCCCGGCAUCCCUGGACGGCCCGGGUCCGACGGCCUCCCCGGGCACCCAGGCUCCCUAGGGCCUAAGGGUGAUUCUGGGUUUGCUGUAACUGGCCCCCCAGGACCUGCAGGAUUUCCUGGUGGCCAAGGAGCCCCUGGAUCAAAUGGCGAUUCUGGUUUCCCAGGAAGAGAUGGACAGCCAGGCCUGCCAGGCUUGGUUGGAGCUCCUGGGCCAAAAGGGGAUGCUGGCUUUCCUGGGCCCCAGGGACCUCACGGGCUUCCAGGUCACCCGGCUUUAGGGCUUCAGGGGCCCCCCGGACCUCCUGGCCCUCAGGGGGUUGGAGGCGUAACAGGGUUUCCUGGUGUACAAGGUGACAAAGGUGACCCAGGUCCCUCUGGACUGGAUGUUGCCGGAGUAUCUGGGGACAAAGGGAGACCAGGCUUCCCUGGAGCCCCAGGGCCAAUGGGCCUUCCUGGUUCCCUUGGCCAGCCAGGUCAAGAUGGACUUCCUGGAUUCCCAGGUACCAAAGGAGAGAUGGGAGUGGUGGGGAUUACAGGCUUUCAGGGUCCUCCGGGGAGCUUCGGUGUGCCAGGAUUCUCUGGACCAAAAGGCGAUAGUGGAUUCCCUGGGAAGCUUGGAGCUCCUGGUAUUCCUGGUGUUCCUGGGCUCAAAGGAGAACGGGGUGACCCUGGCCAACCGGGCCCUCGAGGCAUCAUCAGUACUGAAAAGGGCCCGAAGGGAGAGCCGGGGGUCCCAGGUUUGCCAGGUGUCCUGGGCCAGAAGGGUGUCACAGGUGUUCCAGGAGAGAAAGGCCUUCUGGGAACUGAUGGAAGAGCAGGACAACCAGGUCCUCCAGGACCAAAAGGAACUUCUGGAGACCCAGGUGAACCUGGGCUCCCUGGACCAGCUGGACCGAAGGGUGCAAUGGGCGACAUGGGAUUCUCAGGUCCAGGAGGGGUGAAAGGUGCACCAGGGAUCCCAGGAAGCCCAGGGCUACCCGGCCAGCCAGGGGCUCCUGGGUUCAAAGGAGAGAAGGGGGACCCAGGGCCCCCUAGUGCUGAGCUCCGAGGAAGUCCAGGAGCCAAGGGUGACCCAGGACAGCCUGGAUUUCCAGGAAUCCCUGGAAUCAAAGGUCAACCGGGAACACAUGGAUUACCGGGCCUACCUGGCAGCCCAGGAGAGAAGGGAAACCAUGGGUUCCGUGGGACUCCAGGUAUGCCGGGCAUCUCUGGCCCAAAGGGCUUCGAUGGAGCUCCAGGUCCUCCGGGUACUGAUGGUCCAGUAGGACCACAAGGACACCCAGGUAGUCCUGGACUGCUUGGCCCUUCUGGAGAGAAGGGCCCAGGAGGGCGUGACGGCAUUCCUGGACCCACCGGGAUAAAGGGAGAGCAUGGUCCACGCGGCUUCGGUCGCCCAGGAACUCCUGGAUUACCAGGCUUGCGAGGUCCAAAAGGGGAUCCUGGUCUUCCUGGUGUACCUGGUAGCUCUGGCUUUCCUGGACAGAAGGGUGAGCAGGGGGCCCCAGGUGUGCCCGGAUUCCCCGGCAAUGUCGGCCCCUCAGGUCCCCCUGGUGUGUCAGGAACAGGGCCCAAAGGUAAUCCAGGGCCCCCUGGUCCCCCGGGAAGAACUGGUUCCCCUGGUCCUGAAGGGCCACAAGGCCUCCCAGGCCUGGGGACACUGAAGGGGGACAAAGGCAUGCCCGGAUUCGCUGGAAGACCUGGCCCGAUGGGUCUGAAAGGUGGCAUUGGGCUUCCUGGCACUCUGGGACAUCCUGGUGACCCAGGAGCUGCAGGGUUGAAGGGAGACGCUGGAUUCCCUGGACAGCAUGGAUUCCCAGGUGGACUGGGUCAGCCGGGACUUCCUGGAAUACCUGGUCUGCCUGGAGACAAAGGAGACAUGGGUGCACCAGGGUCCCCAGGUGACCCCCCAACAAUUACUCCUUCAUAUUUUUUGAGACCGGAAAGAGGACCCCUGGGCUCCCCGGGUCCACCCGGCUCUCAGGGGCCCACUGGCCCUCCAGGCAGAGACGGCGUUCCAGGUAAACCAGGAGAAUCUGGAGAUUCAGGUCCAAUGGGUAACCAUGGGUUUUCCGGGCCCUUGGGUCGGAAAGGAGACAUGGGCCCACCUGGGCCUCCAGGUCACCAUGGUCUCCCUGGCCAUCCUGGACCAGACGGACUGCAGGGUCCCCCUGGCCUGCCAGGCUCAUCCUCAUCGGCACACGGCUUCCUCAUGACGCGCCACAGCCAGUCCACAGAAGACCCCUCCUGCCCCGAUGGCACCAGAUUCUUAUACCAUGGCUACUCCCUGCUGUACGUCCAGGGCAACGAGCGGGCCCACGGUCAAGACUUGGGAGCGGCGGGCAGCUGCAUGCGCAGAUUCAGCACCAUGCCCUUCAUUUUCUGCAACAUAAAUAACGUCUGCAACCUGGCGUCACGCAAUGAUUACUCCUAUUGGCUGUCCACGCCGCACCCUAUGCCUGCUAAUAUGGCUCCUGUGACCGGGGAGAACAUCAAACCAUUCAUCAGCAGGUGUUCGGUCUGUGAAGCCCCCACCAUGGUGGUCGCAUUGCACAGCCAGUCCAUCCAGUUGCCCUCCUGCCCCGCCAACUGGGAGACUCUCUGGAUUGGCUACUCCUUCAUGAUGCACACCAGCUCCGGUGCGGCAGGCUCCGGUCAGGCCCUAGUGUCCCCUGGCUCCUGCCUGGAGGACUUCCGCGCCUCGCCCUUCAUCGAGUGCCAUGGCCGGGGCACCUGCAACUACUACAGCAACUCCUACAGCUUCUGGCUGGCCACUGUGGACGACCUGGAAAUGUUCAGUAAGCCUCAAGGAGAGACCCUCAAAGUGGGGAACCUGCAGACGCGGGUCAGCCGCUGUGUGGUUUGCAUGAAGAGGACGUAACGGGCAUCACCGAGCCCACGCAAAACGGCCUCCUGGAACGUCACUGUGAAGCCCGGCAACGGACAUCUACAGAUUCUUUCCAGCAGCACAAUGGCAUGAUAACAUGGCAGGGUGCAGUCAGAGACAAUCCAGACACGUUUUUUAUGUUUUAAUACCUCAACAAGGAGAGUAAAACUCCAAAGGGAUCGUUUUGUGUUUUCUUUGUGUUUCCAAAUCAACACUCCUGCCUCAGGCGUCAAAGACAGCACAGUGCACUGAAGAUCUUACUCCAUGAUAUGUCGCUUCUGUUAUUUUUUUUUUCUAGUAUUUUUUCUGUCAAUUUCAAAUGUCACUUUUUGACUCCGCUGUACCUGAAAUUGAACUAUAACUCCAUCCUGUGUAAUGUGUAAAUUGUGUAAAACACUGUAGUGUGCUAUUGUAUUAAGAAGUGUUGGGUCCCUGUUUUAUUCACUCAUACUUAUAUUGUACAAAGUAAACAUCCAAUAGAUUCUGCAGUAUUUUCUGUAUGAAUAUAUUUAAAAAGAAAAUGUACAUGAUUCGGCCUUGGAACUUUAAAUCAUAACACAUGUUUUUUUUCUAUAAAUUACUUAGGUUCUUAAUAAAUGAAAAUGUGUUUUUUAA